AUCGCGCGUACGCGCCACACGUUAAAGGCGACAGCAAAAACGCAUGUGUGAGCAUUAAUUCCUUUUAGCGCAACUUCCCGAUGGAAGAUGUCGGCCAUGUACGCCCUGAUCCUUGAUUUGGCCCUCGUGACCUCCAUGGUCGGACACGCGUUGGCUCGAAGACCGCAGAUAUCCGCGGAGGAGCUGUUCCAAAAGUCACCUUCGGGCUCAGACGCCGCCGCCGCACCUGGAGAAGAGGCUCCGUCGAAUCUCCUCAUCGACGGAGCGGGUCGGCCGGCCGCCGUUGCGGUAGCCGCGAAGUCGUCGUGCUACUUCAACCGCGACUGCCACGCGCGCGAGUACUGCGUGAAGCCCGACCGCGGCGCGCUCACGCUGGGCGUCUGCAGCCUGCUCUCCGACACGGCGCUCGCCGCACGGGGCGCGGCCGACCACGUCCGCGACCUGCACUUCCUGGUGCGCAACCGCCGCAGCGUCCCGGUCUCGUCACCGCGUCGAGGCACGAACGAGCUGCUGCGACAGCUGCUCGGCGAAGGCAGCCAGCUGGCCCGGGCUCUGAACUCGUACCUCCACGCAAAAUAUCCUGCUGAAUGGGAGAAAGCCCACUCCCGAGAGCAGCACGACGAAUUAGACAGAAUGGUCGGCAAGGGGCCAGGCGCUGCUGCGAAGGACACGGACAGUGCAGCGGAAGACACUGUAGACCCAGACCUCCUGGCCAUACUAGACAAAGGAAGCAACAGGAUCGUGGAGGCAGCGGGCGACGAGUCCCCGGCGGCUAGAGGUUCGUCGGCGAGCCGAGUCGACUCGAAAGACGACGGGCGACGCGCCACAUCGGAAGCAGACGACAGGCAAAACGAUGUGGUCGUCGACGUCAAGGAGAACGACAUGGCUAGCGGCCCCAAGAGACACCGCAUGACGUGGCCCCCAAAUUCUCUGCGCUGACAAUAAUUAGGGCAGAGUUCCCUGACCAUCGGGCUUCAUAUAUAUAUUAUCUCGGGUAUAUAUACAUCUUCACCAAGCGUACAACGCGCGGCAAUACCGUAUAGGCUGCCGGCUUUUGACCCAUCUAGCUACUAUCGAACGUGCUAAGUAUCUUGUUUCGACAUGGUUUCAUUUAAUGUGCACGAAUGCUUGCGGUCGCUUACGGCCACCUGUUGCCCAAUGUUCAUGCUGCGUUCUACCGUUGACCGUAGUAUAGCUAACAAUGGUCGAGGUGGCCGACAUGCUAGUAGGAGCGACGUGCAGACGUAAUCGUGUAUCAAUAUUCUGGAGUUCGCCAAACCGCGUCAGGUGGUGACAGUUAUUUCGGAGUUAUACGCUCCGGACGG